CAUUUGAUUGCAUUUGCAAUACGUUUUCAUUUCACAAUUAAUACAUAUUUAUUGCAUUCAUUGUAACCAUUAGUUAAUUAUCGCAUUCAUUGUAAUCAUUAGUUAACGGAUUUGUAUUCAUCUGUCAUUCAGUCCACGUCGCGAAGACAUAUAUAUCCACCGAUCAGACGAUGAGCGACGAGAGGGAGUCCAACAUCUGUGUGGUGUGUCGUACGGACACAUCGGGCGGCACCGGUAUUGCCGGACACAAGUCAUGGGUGUUCGCCAUCGGACGGUGCGAUCAUUGGGUGUGUUAUGAAUGCUCCACAAGAAUGCGAGUCCUCUGCCAACAGAACGAGUGUCCCAUUUGUCGCCAACAAUUGGAUGAGGUGAUAUUCACGCCAAACAAGCGCCAGAAGUUUGAAGACUACGACCUCCGCAAGAGUUUGUAUCAUAACAAUCAUGGCAUUCAUUUUGACUCCGAGUCGGCCAUCGAGUCGUACGGACGCCUUCUGGAGCACCCGUGCCGUAAGUGUCGCAAUAGAGGCCCCUUUAAGACACUCCACGACCUCACCACUCAUCUCAGGAAAGAGCACGAACUCCACUUCUGCGACCUUUGCGUCAAUAAUCUGAAAGUCUUCACAAUUGAACGCAAAUACUAUACGCGCAAAGAGUUGGCCCGACAUCGCAAGUCGGGUGAUCCGGACGAGCGGAGCCAUAGGGGACACCCUAUCUGUACGUUCUGUGACGAGCGAUACGUCGACGAAGACGACCUGCACCUCCAUCUCCGUCGCGAGCACUUCUACUGUCACUUCUGCGACCCGUCGGGACUGAAGCAGUUCUACGCGGACUACGGGGCCCUUCGCCACCACUUCAUAGACGACCACUUCCUGUGCCGGGAAUGUGACUCACAGGACGAGAAGUUCACGAACGCCUUCAACAGCGCCAUUGACCUCCAGGCGCACGUCACUCAAUGCCACUCUCAGAAUAUGAGUAAAUCCGACCUCAAGAAGGCGAAGACCAUAUCGCUGGACCUGUUUAUACAUCAGCGCACCGGACAGUUAGAUAACGGCUCGAAGUCGCGCAUUCAGCAGAAGCGCGAGCAGCGCCGACACGGACAGCAACACCGCGAGAGUGAUGACAGCGACGCCGGAGCUGCCGACGAACCGAUGAGUGUGGGCGCGACCGCUGCGUCCACUCAACCGCCCCGACCCGAGGACUUCCCAUCAUUGGGCGGUGCGAGUGGUGUGUCGUCGUUAUCGCAGACUAACGGCAGCGCAGACGGCAAGGACUCGGCGACCAAACGCAAGGACAAGAAGCCGAGCACUUACUCCAUGAAUGUGUCGAAGAGUCAGAAAUUGAAUACAACGGACGAAGACUUUCCCGCACUUCCCGGCGCCUCCAAUGGGCCCCCAAUGAGUGCAUUAAAUUCGAUGAGUUAUCAGAGUUUAGCCAAAAGGACGUCCAAGAAGACGGCGCCGCCGCUCACCUCGACGUUAGGUGUCGUCAAAAAUGUCAAUCUAAUCGACCCGUUGCUGAUGGCAACGGUUCCGCUGCCCAUGAAAACC